CCAUGGCUGGUCCCAGCCUCGCCUGCUGCCUGCUCGGCCUCCUGGCGCUGACCUCCGCCUGCUACAUCCAGAACUGCCCGUUGGGCGGCAAGAGGGCCACCCAGGACCUCGACGUGCGCAAGUGUCUCCCCUGCGGCCCCGGCGGCAAGGGCCGCUGCUUCGGGCCCAGCAUCUGCUGCGCGGACGAUCUGGGCUGCUUCGUGGGCACAGCCGAGGCGCUGCGCUGCCAGGAGGAGAGAUACCUGCCGUCGCCCUGCCAGUCGGGCCAGAAGCCCUGCGGGAACGGGGGCCGCUGCGCCGCGGUAGGGGUCUGCUGCAGCCCCGACGGCUGCCAUGCGGAUCCCGCCUGCGACGCCGAGGCCUUCUUCUCCCAGCACUGA